CCCUAUCAGGGCCAGGCUUACAGAGAAACCCUUCAACACCAUACCACCCUAUUUCUUCCGUAGUUCACGACACGAAACGCACCCAACGCACCUUCAUCCAUCUCAUGAGCAUCCACCGCAUUCAUUGUAUCAUCUCAGCAUCCACAAAACCAAUUCUCUCGGUCGUCCUCUAACAGUGGCCAGGGACGACCAGCCUAUGAUUAUACCAGCCACCCAGGGCCAAGCUCAUAUCUGGAUUAUUCAAGGGCAGCAGUAUUCUGGGCAAUCCAUGAUGGAGCCCCCUGGAUCAACGUCUUAUAUGCCACGCUACCCAGAUGUACGAGUCAGCAUUACCGUAGAGAAUCGCAAGAAGGACUCCAGUCCUCAUACCAAUGCUGGGCCUUCAUCACUCAAAUACGAGUGCGACUACUGCGGAAAGGGUUUCAAUCGUCCCAGUAGUUUACAGAUCCACCUGAACAGUCACACCAGGCGAAAAGCUUUUCAGCGUGCUCAGCAACAUGCGUCGGCAUGCUCGCGUGCAUGCCGUGCCUCAGGGCGCUAUCACGAGGACAGCGACGAGUCAAACGACGCACAUUCACGUUCCGGGCGUUAGAGCGACACGCGUUGUCCUCACGGAUGCAUACUGGCAGAUGCAAUCACUCCUAUUUGGGCCUCAUGAUCUUCGUUGCAUUUUUCACCGGACAUUGCAUCAGUCGUUCAUGAUGAGUGGCAAAUAUUUAUAGCAAUUCAUGAGCAUUUAUUUAUUCCAUUUAUCGCAUGCACUCGCUGAUGAGCACUAUACUCGUCACCCAACAUAUUUAUUCCAUACAGUCAUUGUUACUAGUAUACUCUGGUGUAUCC